AUGGGAGACUCAAAUCACUGCGAGCUUGACGAUGUUGCAGGUUGGAAACAGAAGUUUGAAAAUUGGAGCCAGAACUUGCAUGAGACGGAACAUCUCAUGUCCUCAAGUGCGAACAUGAAUUAUACACACUCAUCCUCGAACCGUGCUGCUGUCACACCUACGCCAUCUGACCCUAUGGAUCUCGAUGCGUUUAAAACACAGAAUCGAGAUCAGCAGCGUGAGGAAGAACGUCGUCUCGGCCUUUGCCACUACUGUAAGAAACCGGGCCACUCGGUAUGGGACUGUAAUGCCAAGAAGCAAGCCGAUUCGCAGAGGGUAUCUAGAGGUUCCAAUAGGGGAUCUGUUGGUGGCCGCGGUGCAUACCGUGGUGCCCCUGGUCGUGCUAGUCAAUACUCUGGUAAUCGAAAUAGUUCCUACAACCGAAAUGACUUCCAGGAAUACGGUUCUGGAAACAACUACAACAACAAUGGCCAAGCCUCCCUUUAUCCAAGACAGCACCUGAAUGCACUUCAGGGAUUCGUAGAGGAUGAGUAUUUGGUACCAUCUGAGAGUGCUUCCAACACGCCUUCCAGAGAUACCUCAAUAUCAUCUAUCAAUGACUAUAAGGGAAAAGUCCAAUCUCCACACUAA